AUGGUACAAAUUGCAGUGGCAAACGCGGAGCAGCAGAGGUCAGAAUCCCCUGCAAACAUGCAGAGUCAGAAACUCGAGAAUCCAGAUACUACUAAGGAAAUGACUAAUAAAGAUGGGAUCGGGCCCAAAGUGAUGAACAAAGGGGGCGGGAAGGGGGGCUGGCUGAAAGCUCCACUGUCAGAGGCCCAAGAGCCUCAUGGGAUGGAAGAAAAUGUAGUUGGUGCUGGAGGGGUUACAGAAUUAAGUAAUAAACAACGUCAUCAAAUGAAACAUAGAGAACUGUUCUUGUCGCGCCAGGUGGAAACAAUGCCCGCAACGCAUAUAAGAGGCAAAUGCUGUGUAACUUUAUUAAACGAAACAGAGUCCUUACUAAGCUAUUUAAACAAAGAAGAUUCUUUCUUCUAUUGCUUAGUUUUUGAUCCUGCUCAACGUACUUUGCUUGCUGAUAAAGGCGAGAUUAGAGUAGGUAGUAGAUAUCAAGCUGAUGGAAUAGCACCAGUUCCACUGACACCUGCUGAAAGAGAGUCAGAUCCUCGUAGGUUGCAAGAUUUAGAAACAUUGGUUUGGACACCACGGCAUUCAUUAACAGAUCGUCAAAUUGAUCAAUUUCUUGUUGUCAGUAGAUCUGUAGGCACAUUUGCAAGAGCCUUAGACUGUUCAUCUUCAGUUAAACAACCGUCUUUGCAUAUGUCUGCAGCAGCUGCCUCUAGAGACAUCACUCUUUUCCAUGCUAUGGAUACUUUACAUCGGCACAAUUAUGACGUUGCGAAAGCUAUGUCAUCUUUAGUACCUAGCACUGGUCCAGUAUUAUGCAGAGACGAAAUGGAAGAGUGGAGUGCAUCUGAGGCGAACCUUUUCGAAGAAGCGCUUGACAAGUAUGGGAAAGAUUUCUCUGACAUACGUCAAGACUUUUUACCAUGGAAAACAUUAAAAAAUGUUAUUGAAUACUAUUAUAUGUGGAAGACAACGGACAGAUACGUACAGCAAAAAAGGGUAAAAGCUGUAGAAGCUGAAAGUAAAUUGAAACAGGUUUAUAUACCAAAUUAUAACAAGACGACCCCACCUACAACUGCCCCUUCUGCAGCAACGAUUGUACCUCUUGGCAAUAGUAAUAGCAACAGCAAUGGAAAACCAACUAAUGUUCUCAAUGGUAAUAGCAACGGUAACAUGACAACUGAUAAUAGCGGGAUAUUGAUGGUUGGAGUUAGCGGAAAACCCUGUGAGAGUUGUCAAAUAAUACAAAGUCCACAAUGGUAUGCUUGGGGUCCGUCGCAUAUGCAGUGCCGCCUUUGCCAAUCAUGUUGGACAUAUUGGAAGAAAUACGGCGGUUUGAAGGUUCCAUCGCGUAUAGACGAUGUUGACGUAGAAAGAAAAAGAGGUGGUACCGGCUCGGACGAAGAGAGCAAGGGAAUUGGCGGUGCUCAUAGACCUCAUCGAUGUAGUAUUCCUUCCUGCGGUAAAGAAUUCAAACUCAAAGCACAUUUAAGUCGUCACUACGCGAGCGCUCACGGUGUUGAUCUACGCGGAAGCGGAGCGAGUGGAGGUGGCGGAGGUGGAUCACCCAGACCUGUAAUGAAAACUCGAUCGGCGUUUUAUUUACGUACUUCGGCAUUGGCGCGAGCUGCACGACGAUUGUGCGCGGCGCAAUUACGUACGCGUCAUGCGGCACGAGCACCUCAUCAACCUGUGAACGCAGCACCGUUGCGACAUCUUUGCGCGUCUCCUCAGUUAACGUCGAAAAGCCCUGCAGAGUUACGUAUUUUAGCACGUGCUGUACGGCCUCGGCCGCGUCCGCGCGUAACUGAUAUAGCAACGCGUUUAGGUGAUCAUCCUGCUCCACGACAACCUGGAGACUGGGAUUGGUUAGCUCUUACAGCACCAGCACAACGAAAACAACCAGAUCGGGUUUCCUUCCCCAGACCACCAAAAGCACCAGAUGGAAGUCUUUUAUAUGAAAGAGUACCAAAUAAAUCUGAUGUAGAUAGGCUGACGAUAACUCCACCUCAACCGCAACCUAGUAUGCAGGUCCAACAAACGAUAUUGAAACGCACAAGACCUCCAUUCGACGAGAUCAACGGAUCAGAUGGUAUUGCCCUAAGUGCAGGGCUGCCUGGUGGACCACCUGCAAAAAGGGCUCAUCAUUCUCAGCAGCUCCAUCCAAAACAUACUUUGGAGCACGCAGCACCUGCUGUUCUUCCCUUAGCACCACCUCUAAAUGGGAGAGCUGCACAUCCUCAUACCUUGCCACAUGGUCCACCAUUAUCCAGAAGUAAUGCGCGCAAACAAGUAAUUUCAUGGAUGGAUGCACCGGAUGAUGUUUACUUUCGUGCUUCAGAUCAAACUAAAAGACUUAGAAGAACCCUAUCAUCGGUCGAACUUCGAAGAGCAGCGCGCAAACCAUGGCGCAAAUUGCCAACUCCUCUGCAUCCUCCUCAUCCACAGAGAGCGGUACGUGGCGAUGAUAUGGUGGUUAUCCUGGACUGAAUGAAUAAUACAAUCAACCAGAUAAACUGAUAGAUUCAUCAAUUCAUCAAUUUAAAAAAAUCUGCUGUUAUUGUAAUUUUAACAAAUCAGCACACAAUCAAUACCGUGAAGAUAAUCCAGCUUUAUAUAUUGUCAUUGGCAGCUCUAACGUUGAGCAAGGACUAAUCGCUGUUUGGAAUUUUCUAAUAUUCAAGACAGCAAUUCGCCGAAAUUGAAGGCCUCGCUUGACUGAAUUUGCAUGUUGCAUCGACAUUGCUGAAACAUACUUCACACGUAUGGAUGAAAGACGAUUACCCUGGAACGAACAUUCAUCGAAUCUUUAAAAAAAAAAUACAAAUAAUGAAAAAAAAAAAUGAAAAUAAAUCAACUCAUUUGUGAAACAUGAUUUUUUAUUCAUAUUAAUUAGUUAUUGUUGUUAUUAAUAAUAAUUAUUAAUAAUUGAAUGUACAUAUACAUCAUACUAUAUUCAUAUAUACAUAACCAGAAACACAUAAGUGUCCAAUGAGUGGUGGACACAAGUUCUACAUUGGUUAAAUUGGCCACGCGCAUUAGCUCACGAAACAAGUGCGCGUAACAGAGAUAAGUAUGAAAGAAAAGGAGAGAAAGUGUGUAUGUGAGAGAGAAAGGAUAAGAACGUACGUGAGGAAGAAAGAAAGAAUGCUCAUUGUGAAUAUUUUUAUUAAAUUUUCAAGUUUGAUGACUUCCGUCGCAAUUAAUAAAUAAACAUAAGCAUAAGUGGAAGAAUACAUUAGUCUUUUUCCCCUUCCAGUCUUUUUUUACAACUACAUAAAGAAUUUAUUCGCCACCUCAUUUUGAUGAUUUUUUUAAUGUGUUGUGGAAAUUGACCAUUAUACAUCUCUCCAUUUCUUUUCUUUUUUUAUACGUAUAUAUAUUAACAUUUAAGACUUAAAUUUAAACUUAAAUUAAUAUAAUAAUAUUUAUAAAUAUUAGAAAGAGAGUUUCAAAUCAAUGUUAAAAAUUCAUUACAUAAACAAGGAUAUACGAAUAUCUUUGACUAAGAGAAAAGUAACCCAUUGUUUCCCUUUCAUUGCAACCUUCAACUUGAAGGUGAUUGAUCGACUGAUGCAGUUUGAUGACUUUAUUCAAAAGAUAAUUAAGGUAUGAACCGAGUGUACAUUGUUGUGAGUUGUAGUGAAUAUUACUGAAUUCCUUCUGUGGCUUGGCGAUUGAAGUGAAUAUUCUGAUAUACUGGCGUUUGUUCUGAUGGAAUGAUUAAAGUUUUGAAUGAUACAUGGAUGGAAUAAGAGAAACUCAUGGAAAUGCCAGAAGAAAAUAUUUAUGAAAGGAAAAAUAUAGUGGAUGAUUUAGUGUCAAAGAUUUAAGUUCUUUAGAAAAGUUCUAAAGAAAGUUUUGUGUCUUGUUGAUAGAAAAUUCUGAUUUAUGAUUGGAAUGUUACAUUGUUUCCAGCUGUUUUAGUGGAACUAAAACAAUGUUAUUUCCAAUUUUUUGACUAGGACCUAUAGUUCCUUGACCAUAGACCUAGGCUAAAAAUUAGUCAAAGGAUUAGAUUUAUGACGAUCUACAAUAAACAUUGAAUUUGUAAGUACGCUUGUUUGCCGAACGGAUUACAAAUGACAAAUGAACGUACUGUAUAAAAGAAACUAUUAGGUUGGAAAGAAAGUUCUUGCAGUUUUUAACUAUUAAAUUCACUUUAAAAUUAUAUACAGAGUCAAUAUAAUUUAACACCAACUUAAUCGAAAAUAGAACAUUUAAAAUUAAAAUAACAAAACCGUAUGAACUUUCUUUCCAACCUAAUAUUAUCUUUAAUGCAAAAAAAUUCAUAAAUAAAUUCAGCAUAACGUCGUAAAUCGUGCGUAACUUCACCGCAUCUCGUUCUAACAACGGGAUAAAUAAAUAAAAUAUAUUCGAUUUAUACAACGAAACAAUGAGCAUAAACGUUUAUAUGCUCGACUGCAGCAACUGCAGCUAUUGGUUGCCAUUGAAUGUCACUGGUCAAUCCUCAAGGACGAAAAUGGUACCGUUAUACAUUAUCCCUACAGUUUCUACUAUAGGGCUUCUAAUUCCCAAGGACUCGUCUAAGUCUGCUUCAUUUCGUUCAACAGAUUAUAAAAUAUUAAAACAGCGAAACUAAUCGCUAUUGCCAUAGGUUUGUAUCCCUCUUUGCGAACCUACUUCGUUGUUCUUUCUCCUUCGGAGGCUGUCUCGCUUUAACCGAUAACAAAAUAUUAAAAGCCCCGUAUUUUUACAAAAAUUAAAAAUACCUUUGUAUUGAUAUUUAAAAAAAAAAUAUGCUAAAGAAUAUAUAAUAAUAAUUCAUUGUUGAAACCCCAAUCCAGUCGUAAAUUAUGGAGAGAUGAAUUAUAGGUCAUGAAAAGCAUCGCUUUUAAUAUAUAGAGGUUGCAAAAAAAAUAACCUCUCUUUUCCAUAAAUUGACAAAAUUAAAAAAUUAAUCCUUUUGCACUCCACUGUCCUUUCUAAUCGUACUUAUAUCUAACAAUAAGCUAACAACUCGAAUGUUCUUUUUUUUAUAAUAUAAAUAUAAUAAUGAAUAUAGAUAUAUGUUGGCGUUGUACGAUAUAAUGAUGUAAAUAGUAUAAUACCUGAACAAACGCUUAAAGUGAAAACUAUGAAUAACGAUACAAGAAGUAUAAAAGAAUUUCAGAAGAAGAAAUUCCCGAGAACAGAGGCAGUUACGAAUCAAUUGACACACUCAUUCGAAAUAAUUCACAUAAACUCGACUUCUCAUUGCUUUUUACGAAAAUUUACAAAAUGAUAGGGAUUUU